AUGAAUGGUUUGUUUCCUUUGUUAUUCGAAAUUGAUAGUAAAUAGGAAGAAUUAAGUAAACAGAAUCAAGAAUCAUAAUCGACCCUCUCUGAAGAAUAAAAUAUCAACUAUUAAUAGGAUGAUCCUCCUAUUCAAUUAUCAGACACCCAUAAAGUGUUUCGUAAGAACCAAGCAUUUAGUAACUUUAUAAAGCAUCAUACAUCUCCACCCUUUCAAGUCGAAAAGGGAGUGACCAUUAAAAUGAUCAAACAUCAUAUUUAAGAAUAGAAUAGAGAUGAAAAUAUGAAGAAUGUUAAGUCGGUUCAAUUCAACCUUCUAAACAAUUGCAUCUACGCAAUAGUAAAACAUCCCAAUGAAUAUCUAUCUUAGAAAGAAAAGUUUAAUCUCUCAAGAAGAAUACAAAAAUAUGCAAUAUAAAAUAGAUUCGAUUCAACAUCUGAAAAGGAUGAAGAUUAAAUUGAAGAGCAACAUUCCAUUAUAGAAAUAGUAGUUAACGAGUUAGCUUAAUAACCAAGGAGUAUAUUGAAAAAACAAAUGCAAGAAUUUAAACAUGAAGCAGAUGAUGAGGGAGAUUAUUUUUAAAAUAAAGGUUUAACUUCUAGAGAAAUAAGAAACUUAGAGAAGAAGGUUAAAGAACAUGAUUAUGGAGUUGGAUUAUAAUUACUCUAAAAAUUAGGAUUCAAAUAUGGUGAAGGGCUAGGAAUUAAUAGACAAGGUAUCUUAGAACCUGUAAUCCCUGUGAAAAAGCAAGUGUUUACAGGUUCAUUAUAAAAUCACAAUAAGGUUAAUGAGGAGGAUUUGAUUUGGUAGUAUGAUAACCAAAAAGAGAAUAAAAAUGCAAGAAAAUUACAUAAAUUAUGGAGAAAAAGGAACUAGAUCGAUAUCUAGCAAGAUUAGGAACCCGCUAUAAUACAAUCUAAAGUUAAUGCUGAUCUAGGAUAUUUAGGGGAAGUAUCAGAAUUGACUUAAUCUGUGUAACAUUUACUACUUACAAAAUAAAUGAAUGAAUAAUAAAACAUCUCAAUCGAGAAUAAAAAGGAGAAAACACUCAAUAAGUUAGAAAAGCAUAUGGAAAUUACAAAAAAAAACUAAUCAUUUAAAAAAUAUCUUCUCUUUUUUUAAGAAGAUGAUAUCAAAAUAUAAGACCAAUCUUUUACUUUAUUUCAGAAGUUUUCAGAUUGCUUUAAUAAACAUCCUGAUUUAUUUAUUUAGUUUAAUCUAAUUGACGUAUUAAUUUAACAAGGAGGAUAGGAAAUAGCAUAAAUAUCAAAAAGUUGGGAAGGACCAAAAACAGAUAUUCUUGAAAAUGAAUUCAAGUUAAUUUAUAAAAUUGUGAAUCUAGGCAAAGAUGUUAUAAUCUAUUUGAAAUCUUAAGCCAUUUCUUCAAAUCAUCAAGAUUCAAUUUUUGAUGAUAACAUGAUGGCUGCAACAAAUAUAAUAAAUCUUCAAAAUAUUAUAGACAUCCUAAUUCAUCCGAUCUCAUAACAAUUGGAAUAUUAUAUAUGUACACACUAUGAUCCAAAGAAAGAAAAUUUAUUAUUUGAAAUGCUUAAAUUAUGGAGUACUGAUAUAGUAUCUAUAGAGAGUGAUUAGAUUGAAGAAAGAAUACAAUUGUUUAAUUCAAAGACUAUUUCAAAAUUAAGUAAUCUUGUGAUUCCAAAAUUAAAAUCAACUAUUUCAAAUUGGAAUAAUAGAGAUAAUUCAAUUUAACUUCACAAAGUCUUACUUCCUUGGAUCGACUCUUAGUUCAGCAACUAAGAUUUAUCAGAUCAGUUGAUUGACAAACUGAUGGAUAUUGAUUUAGGAGAUUAACCUGACUUUGGUUUUAGUAUUUUAUCUCCAUGGUCGAAACUUUAGGGUACUUAAUGGAAUCUGAUUCUUGAAAAAUAAAUUAUAACAAAAAUGGGGCGUUUUAUUAAAGAUUUAGAUGUAUAAUCUAAUUUUGAGCUUGCAAACAGAAUUCUUUAUUAUUUUGAUUACAUUUAAGAUAAAAUUGAGGUGCUAUUUUAACCUUUAAUUGACAAAUUAAAUUAACAUGUGCGCUCAAGAAUAUUAGAAAAUCGAAAUUGUAAAGAUUUAGAAGUUCAUAAAGAAAUAUUUUAGUAUAUAUUUGUUAAUUAUUUAAAUAGAUGGUUGAAUGAUUGGGAAUUGAUCCUCUAAGAAAAAGUAUUAAACAAAGUGCAGGUACUGUCUAAAAACUUUAAUUUGAUCAAAAGGAUGCUGGUUUGA